AUUUUUUAUUUAAAGUCCAAUAUUUAGCGCCUUAGAAAAAUAUCGAUUGAUGCAGGGAUGAUUUUUUAGGUAAAAAUGUAUAACAAUUCGAUUUUAAUGUGAUGAUAAAACUGCAAAAGAAAACAGACGAUGCAAAAUUCGCAAUUUUCUUGGACCACAGGAAACUUAUAAACGAAGCUUAUGGCGAAUUUAAAAUCAGACUUGGACUUUUCCAAUUUCAAGUCAAAAAGACGAACCCGGAGGAAUCAAAAUCCAGGAAGCGCAAGAGGAAAACCGGUGAAGGAGAUGCUUCAUCUUUGGAGGACCUGAAGUUGGUAAAUGGAUAUCUUGAGAUUCUGAACAAGCCCCUUCAAGCUGGGGAAAUUCCACCGAUAGAGAGGCACUGGGAGGAUGGCUAUAACGUGCCCCAACUCCAUGGAGCCAACGAGAGUGGGCGGAUGCAGCGAUUCCAAGGGCAGGGUGAACGACAUAACGUAUACUUAAUUCCCAAUGGAGCCCGAUUCUACAACCACAAUGUGGAUAAUCUGUCAACACUUCUUCGCCAACUCCUGCCCGCAUAUGAUCUCGUCGUGCUGGAUCCUCCGUGGCGAAAUAGGUAUAUCCGUAGAUUAAAGCGGGCCAAACAGGAGCUUGGAUAUUCAAUGAUGAGCAAUGACCAAAUGUCGCACAUUCCGCUCGCCAAGCUCACACACUCAAGAUCUUUGGUGGCCAUUUGGUGCACCAAUUCACCAAUGCAUCAGACGGCACUAGAGCAACAGCUAUUGCCCAGCUGGAAACUUCGCUUGCUUCACAAGCUUCGUUGGUAUAAACUCAGCACAGAUCAUCAAUUGAUUGCUCCUCCGCAUGCAGAUCUUACUCAGAAACAGCCCUACGAGGUGCUCUACAUAGCGUGUCGUUCUGAUGCUCCUAAGGAAUACGGGAAAGAUGUCCAAGAGAUUGAGCUAUUUUUCAGCGUACCCAGCAUUGUGCACUCUCACAAGCCACCUUUGUUGGCCUGGCUUAGGAAUCACCUUCAGCUGGACGAUGGCCAGGAAGAACCCAACUGCCUAGAGCUGUUUGCCAGAUAUCUGUAUCCCCGCUUCACUUCUAUUGGACUUGAGGUGCUCAAAUUAAUGGACGAAAGGCUAUACGAGGUGAAUGUGGAAGGCGCAGACUCCAAAGACCAAAGUUAAGCUUAUUUGCAUACUAUAUUUGUAGAAAGAUUGGAUGUCUUCUUAAAGAUUUUUUUAAAUGCAUUGUUGGCGCAAAAAUAAAAUGAUUGAGUAGCUUUUAUAAAUUAUUUUUAAAAUAAUCAAAUAAAAACCUUUUUAAUUGUUUUGCUCUGUAAAUCAAAAUGUAGUUUAAACAAAGCAAUUAUGAGUUUUAACAA